AUGGGUCCAUCGAACAUCGCCAGGAACUGGAAAGACACCCGAGUCGACCAUCAGUUCCAGCAAUCGAGGAAAACCAGGGAGAUCACGGAGCAUCCGGGUUCAUCAUCAACAUCAUCAUCACCGAGGUCAACGGAGACAGAGAGAACUAACGACUCUCUCAACUCUUCAGAGAUCUCACAGGGGAGUGAAUCAACAUCAAAGGCAUCGGGAUCAAUUGAGAGUUCAAUUAGUCAUCUUCAAGUACCAGCAUCAUCAUCAGCGAAAUCAGAGACAACGGGGUUGUCCUCUGACAUCAAGAUCACACAUCAAUCAUCAUCAAAUUCAGCGAGUCAACGGGUUGUGCUGUUGGCAACAGCCAAAGUACUUGCAUCAACAUCAUCAGGUUCUCAUCAUACGAUUAGGCUUCUGAUUGAUCAAGGAUCAGAGGUCACAUUCAUCACUGAUCAAAUGGUUCAACUUCUUCGUCUUCGUCGAUCAUCAUCACAUCUCAGAGUCUUUGGAAUAGGAGGCCUGGAGUUAGGGUUGACUCGUGGAGCAGUAAAGGUCAAACUUAAAUCUCGGUUCAACGAUCAACAUCAGAUCGAAAUCACUGCUCACAUCCUGGCCAAGCCCACACCAACAUUACCAUCAAUUCACUGCGCUAAGGAAGAGGCAAAUCAUCUUCAACAUCUUCAAUUGGCGAAUAACAACUAUCUCAAACCUGGUCCUAUCGACAUCAUCAUCGGAGCUGAUCAUUAUGGUCAAAUCAUUGGACAUGAGGUUAUUAAAUCUCCGGAUGAUCAACUUGUUGCACAACAAACCAUCUUUGGCUGGAUAGUUUCUGUGACGGUCUGCUGUACAGAUUGCAAGCCGAAGUCUUCUCUAACUGUAGUACGAGAGUCUCCGACUGAGCAGCUGUUGGAUCUUCUUAAGAAAUUCUGGGUCCAGGAGGAACUUUCAUCAUCUAAGGAAAUACAUCUCAAUCAAGACGAUCAGGAGUGUGAAUUACACUUCAGGAACACACAUUCAAGAGACAGUGAGGGACGGUACGCAAUACGCCUCCCACUCAAAACAUCAGUAUCAGCAUUGGGAGAAUCUAGGAGACAUGCUCUCCAAUUGUUAAAUCGAACGGCGAAGAAACUGGAAUCAAAUCAAGAGUAUGGGAAACUCUACAAGGACUUCAUCAGGGAAUAUGAGGAUCUGGGACACAUGAGACGUGUCUCAGAGGAAUCAGAACCAUCAGUGAGCUACUAUCUGCCUCAUCACGGUGUCUUAAGGGAAGACAGCAUCACCACAAAACUCAGGGUGGUCUUCAACGGUUCCAGCAAGACAACAUCAGGAGUGUCACUCAAUGACAUACUUCAUGCAGGAGGAAAACUGCAAACGGAAGGCUCAGACGUUCUCAUCUGGUUGAGAACUUUUCGGUUAAUCGUCGGAACGGACAUUGUGAAGAUGUUCCGUCAAAUCAAGGUUCAUCAAGAAGACUGGGAUCUUCAACGAAUCCUAUGGAAGGAUGAGGAGGGGAAAAUCAUCACAUACCAAUUGACAACGGUGACGUAUGGGCAAACGUGUGCACCAUGGUUGGCUCUACGAGUUCUUCAACAACUCGUGGAGGACGAGGGACAUCAAUAUCCACUGGCGGCUGUCUCUCUAUCCAAAGGGAGAUAUGUCGAUGAUAUCUAUGGGGGAGCUGAUUCUGAGGAACAGCUCAAGGAACUCAUCAAUCAGCUCAUCAAUCUUUGCAUGGCGGGCGGCAUGCCACUGCAAAAAUGGAUCUCGAAUCAACAAGGAAUCCUACAGGAUCUUCAAUUAUCAACAAAAUCAACAUCGGCGGUAGAAUUCGAGGACAAGACGGUCAAAGUAUUGGGACUGUGCUGGAACCCUCAUUCAGACAGCUUCAUCUAUAAAUCAAGGAAGCCAUCAACGGAACAAAUCAACAAAAGGACAAUCCUCUCAGAGAUCGCCCAGAUUUACGAUCCUCUGGGACUCAUCGGACCGGUCAUCAUCAGGGCUAAAAUCUUCAUCCAAGAGCUGGGGCUUCUCAAAAUUGGUUGGGAUGAUCCACUGCCCUUGAGUCACAUCAAACGUUGGAAAGAAUUCAGGGAGGAAUUCUCAAAUCUGGAUCAAAUAUCAAUCCCACGGUGGCUUCAAACAUCAUCGACUUCAAGCAACAUCCAACUUCAUGGGUUUGCUGACGCUUCGAAUCAGGCAAUGGGUGCCGCAGUAUACAUCAGAGUGGACAAUCAUCAAUCUGAGCCAUCAAUCAUCUUGGUGAGUGCAAAAACCAAGGUCGCACCACUUAAGAAAAUGACAAUUCCUCGCUUGGAAUUGACAGCUGCUGUCAUCUUAACCAAUCUGGUAAUCUACAUCAGGAAGAUGCUGGAGAAAGAGAAUCUACAACUCUUUCUUUGGUCUGACUCCACGGUGGCGCUCACAUGGAUCAAUGGACACCCAUCAAGGUGGAAGGAUUUUGUUCAGAAUCGAGUGAUCAAAAUCCAGAACUCAUUACCAGCAGCUGAAUGGAAACAUAUCAGGGGAGUCGAGAACCCAGCAGACUGUGCAUCACGGGGAUUAUCACCAGAUCAACUUGUAAAUCAUCAGCUGUGGUGGAAUGGUCCAUCAUGGCUGAAAUCAUCAAUGGAAAACUGGCCAUCAUCAUCAUCAUCAACAUCAAUCGAAUCUACGGCAGAAGCAGCACUGGAGGAAAGGCCAGUGUCUGCACAUCCGGUGGCACUGAAUCUGGAGAGACCUCAAGAUUUCUUGGAGAGGUACUCUACACUCGACAGGUUGAUCAGGAUCUCGGCGAGAGUCCUGAGAGUCAUCAACAACAUGAGAGGGGAGCCAGUCCCAAGAGAAUUAGAUCUCUUGCCAGAAGAACUGGAAGAGACCAGAAUCUUUUGGAUCAACUAUACACAACAGGAGAGUUUUGGACAAGUCAUCAAUCGCCUCAUCAAUGGACAAGACAUCGCAAAUAAUCAUCCAAUGGCACGGUUGAUUCCUUAUCUGGAUGAGAAUCAGACCAUUCGCCUAGGCGGGCGGCUGAAACGAUCAAAUCUUCAGCCAGAAGCCAGGAACCCAUCAAUUCUACCAAGACAAUCAAGGCUUACAUCACUGGUCAUCGAGGAGGCUCAUCGGAAAACUCUUCAUGGAGGAGUACAGGCGACGUUGGCACACAUCAGACACAAAUAUUGGAUCAUCGGGGGUCGUCAUCCUGUAAAAUCGCAUAUUCGCAAGUGCGUCAUCUGCGCACGACAUCGAGCCAUCAGGGGACAGCAGCUUAUGGGACAGCUGCCUCCAAGAAGAAUCACAUCAGCACGGCCAUUCAAUCACGCAGGGGUGGACUACGCAGGUCCUAUCAAAAUCAGCAGAUGGAGAGGAUCAGGACCUCGACAAUAUCAUGGGUACAUUGCAGUUUUUGUGUGUCUUGCCACAUCAGCAAUUCACCUUGAACUACUCACAGAUUUAACAUCACAGGCAUUCAUCGAGACCUACAAACGAUUUACUGGAAGGAGAGGUAUCUGUGCUACACUUAGCAGUGAUAAUGCUAAGACCUUCAUGGGAGCAAACAAUGAGCUGGGCAAGCUUUUAGACAAAUCAAGGAAGGAAAUUCAUCACAUCAUCAACGAACUGGCAUCAAACGGCACAAAAUGGAUCUUCAUCCCACCGCAAUCACCCCACAUGGGUGGGAAAUGGGAAGCUGCGGUGAAAUCUGUGAAAUUUCAUCUAAAACGGCUCACAGGGAAUUUGGUACUCACGUACGAGGAACUCAAUACACUCAUCAUCCAAAUCGAGGCGCAACUUAACUCGAGGCCUCUCUGCGCUCUAUCAGACGAUCCUGAUGACUGCAGAGCCCUCACACCUGGACACUUCAUCAUUGGGGAACCCAUCAACGCAGUUCCAGAGCCAUCACUCAUCAAUCACAAAAUGGAAGGUCUCACAAGGUGGAAAAUGAUCGCAAGGAUCGCUCAGCAAUUCUGGGACAGGUGGUCAAGGGAGUGUAUGCAUCAUUAUCAAACUAUCUACAAAUGGAAAAGAUCAACGGAUGAUAUCAAGGUCGGAACACUAGUCCUCAUCAUUGACGAGAGGUAUCCACCAACAAAGUGGCCUCUAGGACGAGUAUCAAGGGUUCAUCCAAGUGAUGACAAUCUCACAAGGGUGGUAGAUAUCACCACUGGGGCAGGAGGUGCAAAUACCUACACCAGACACAUCAACAAGGUGGUUCCGCUACCAAUCAGCACCGAGGAGGAAGACCAACAAGAGGAUCAUUCAUCAUCAUCCGACGAUGAAGGCGGGCGGAAUGUAUAA